GGCAUUGAGGUCGUGGGGUUGCUUGAAUAGUUCCAGAAUCAGUCAAAAAUAUCUUGUAAUUUUAUGAAGAUUGCGCAUAAGCAUGGGAGGAAUAUCCACCAAAAUAGCGUUUGAAGUGUGUGUGGUAACAGGAGAUUACAGUGGCGAUGAAUUGGGUCCCGGAGUUAACAUGGUCAUGUUUGAUCACUGUGGUAAUCAGUCACCAACAAUUACUUUGGAUAGUAUAUUUCAAAAUGAUAUUGACUAUACACAAGCGAAAUUCACCAUUGAUUUACAGGCCUGGAGUCGACUUAAAGUGUUUAAACGACUACACCAUAUCGAAUUUUGGUGUACUACUCAGUCUUAUCCACCACCUGCUUGGUUUUUAGAUAGAGUGAUUAUUAGGGAUAGAAGAUUUGGGAUGACUGCUGAAUGGAAAUAUUUUUUCUUUCCUGUACAUCAGUGGAUUAGCCAAGACCACCAAUAUGUUGUUCAUGACUGUGAGGCCUGGAUUCCUCAAUUGGAACCCUUUCCAGAGUUAAGAGAAGAGGAAGUUAGUAGACGUAUGCAAUUUUUUACUUUAUUCCAACGCUCAAAGGGUUUGCCAGUGGAAUUACAAGAAAUCCCACCUUCGGAGUUGUUCUCAUCAGACUCUCGAUGGGAUAUUGAGCCUUUAGUUCUGGAAGUUAUUGAACGUACUGGUCUGGCUGAAGAAUACACAAGUGAAGAGUCUUGGGAUUCUCUUGACACAUUGGGAAACUUCUAUAAGAAAUAUAAUAUUACUGAACCUGUGAGUUUACAAUUUUGGAUGAUGAAUGAUAUUUGCUUCGGUGCACAACGUAUUCGUGGAUGUAAUCCAUUCACUAUUCAAGUCUGUCGUACAUUACCGAAAAGUUUUGAAAUGGUAGCAAAUUCACUGAAACCUCAUUUAGAAGGUUGGACACUACGUCAAAUGGUAUCAGCUAAUCGUUUGUACUUACUUGAUUUUCAUAUAAUGCAAGGACUUAGUUGUAAACGUGGUCGAGAAUUAUGUGCACCAUUAGCUAUCUUUUUUUAUACUGAAAAGAGACAAUUAAAGCCAAUUGCGAUUCAAUUGAAUCGUAAUUCGAAUGAUGGAAGUGGGAUCAUUCUUCCAACUGAUCCUACUUCAAUAUGGUUACAAGCAAAAUUAUGGGUUAAUCUUGCUGAUGCCUGUCAUCAUAUGAUUGUUGGUCGAUUGUUAACUCAUUUAAUAUUGGAAUCAAUCUAUGUGUCAUUACGACGUAAUGUAUCACAAUCACAUCCAAUAUAUCAUUUAGUUGCACCACAUUUCCGCAGUAUUCUACCUGUGACAAAGAAAUUAAAAGAGUGGACAUUUGAAAAUGGAUGGAUAUCUCGUAAUAUUCAAUUGUCACGUAAAGGAAUUAAACAGUUAUUAAGACGAGCUUUUAAAAAAUGGCGUUUUGAUGUAAAUGCAAAUAUUUAUCGUGAACUAGAGUCAAGAGGAGUAUUUGAUCCAAAUAGUUUAGGUAAUUAUCCAUAUCGUGAAGAUGCUAUACUUGUAUAUCAUGCAUUGGAACAGUUUAUCUCAAGCUACGUUCGUCUAUUUUACCCUGGUGGGUCUGAACAAAUCAUACAUGAUAAUGAACUACAGUCGUGGAGACAUGAAAUUGCCAGUCCAAUGGAAGAAGGUGGUUUAGGCCUAGUCGGUGUCCCUGGUAGUACGAUAAAACUUCGUACAAAUUCUGGACCAGAAGAUUAUCUACAAGAUAAUGUUACAGAAGAAAUAUUUGGUUUGAAUACGGUUGAAGAAGUGGCCAAAUUUCUAAUGGGAAUUCUUUAUCUUGGUAUUAUUGUUACUGGUUCAGCGCUUCGAUUACCAAUGUUUGAUGAGUAUGGCUUUCCAGCACAAUAUCCGUUAAGUUUAUUUGGUUCUCCUCCUUUAGAUAGAAAUACAUUUUCCGAUGGUACUUUGAACGGUGCACAUGGCAGUGUGUUUAGCUUUUCAAAUGUACAAGGUCUUGAUCGUGUAUUAGCUUCACUGCCUAAUCGUCAAAUGACAGUAGAAACUGUUCUCUACACUAGAUUGGCUAGUCGAGUUCAACAAUCUGUUUUAGGUCAAUAUGAAUCGGAUUUCAUAUUUAAAAAGAAAGCAGUUGUUCUAUUAGAUCAAUUUCGCCAUGAUUUGGAAGAUGUGGCUAGACAGAUUGAUAUAAAUAACAGUGCUCGUGAUAUGCAUCAUCAGUAUCGAGCUUUAGAUCCUUCACUAAUGCCUAAUUAUCCAGGAAUUUGAUUGAUGAUCAACGAUACAUAUUUAGUUUUUUUUUAAUAUGUGUACAAAAUAAUUGAAACAUUUUUGUCGAAUGUUAAAUAAAUCAGUGCAAAAUGAAAUACAUAUCCUUGAUUCCCUCUAUUGUUGUGCAUUCUUUAUAAUGAUUCUUAUUCAUAAUCACUUACUGCAUUCAUAAUCUGUGGUCAACUUCACUAUGAUUUACUCUUAAAAUUGUCUUCCAAUAAUUUUUCUGUUUACUUUAUCUAAUAAUAUUAUUUAUUUUGAUGUUCUCAUUUUAUUUUAUUUCAUUUGUAUCUAUUUAUUACUGUAUCAAUACAUACCUAGUCGAGUUUUAUUCAUCAUUAAAACUAUUCUUUAUUAUGAUGUAGUGUAGAAUGUCUGUGAUUAACAUUGACCAACUUGGUUUCGCGUAACUCGAACUGACGUACGUACGUACGAAGUUCUACGUUGUUACUGACUGACAGAUUAACAUUCAAAAGUAUUUCUAGUAUGUAUAAUCAAAACUAGUUCACAUAAAAUUCAUAUCAGUCAAUUACUUAAUAUUCUUUAUCAAAGAAAAGCAUUACUUUUUUAUCAUUUACACAUUUAUGUUUAAUGUUGUUUAUACAUAAGUCUAUGUAGACUAUAUUGUACCUCUUUUGUUUUAUUCAAUUACAUAACAUAUCAAUAUUAUUUUAUUAUUCAUUAUUAUCAAACACAUUGUUGUCAUUUUUAAAUGAAUCAUUUUCUUACACUUUUCCCUCUAUUUUUUUCAAUUUCGUGGGUUUUUUAAAAAAAAUUUAUUUAUUACAACGAUUAGUGUAUUGGUAAUAUCCGAUAUCAGUAGUUUUGACAGUUUUAGUUUUGUUGACAUUACCAGUAAAGAGAAUAAUAAUGUCAGAUUGUUUUUUUUGUUUUUUUAAAAAAGGUGAUUUUAUAAACGCACUUUAGUAAUUUUUUUUAUAAAUAAUUAUAAUAUAGAAAUUAUUUGCACUUAAUCUUUCACCUUCUUAUUGUUGCUUAUUGAAUGUUUGUUACUUUUUUUUCGGUUGAUUGUAUAUAACAAAUAAUAAAUGAUUUAAAGGGAAAUUGAUUGAUUACAG